UUGGCAACGAAAGAAUCCAUACUUACUUCAUUGCCAACUAUAUUAUUAAAAGUGAUCAUUCGAGUCUUGUAAAUAAUAAAUAUUAUUUUGUGCGCUUUUAUAAACAUAAAAACCAUGGACGAGCAACGUGUUAGUAAAUGGAUUGUUUGUCGGAUCUGCUUGAAAACAUCCGAAAAUGAAAUGACUGCUAUAUUUAAUACAGAGUCAAACCUUGCUGAACGAAUAGCUGACUUUGGUUCCAUUGAAUUAAAUGAAUUCAAACAUUGGUCAGAUCGAAUAUGUAACAGAUGCCUUUUAUUGUUACAAGCGGCAGAAAAGUUCCGUAAACUUUGCCAGCAGUCUAUCAAGCAAUGGCAGGACUUUCUUCACUUAACUAGGUGCAAUCUAAAAAUACGUGAUGAUAAACCUGAAGAAUCAAUGGAUGUUUUGAAUAAUGCCAGUUCUACCAAACAUCUGGUUGAAAGCACAAAGUAUGAAAAAUCAGUGAUACUGCUUGAUGAACAAGAAAGCCAAGAAGGAGGCGAUGAGGAUAAUUUUGUAUUCGAAGUUAUAGAAGGUUUUGUGGAGGAUUGUGAUGAGGCUGAUGAUAACAUAUUACAUUCAAAUCAACCCGAGUUUGUGGACAUUGAGGAUGAUCGAAUGGAUUUUUUGGAAGAUGCAAAUACAAGACAUUCUGAUGAAUUGGCAUAUUACUCCAACACGCAAUACGACGAAUUGAAAGAUGAAGAAACGUUUAUCUCGAAAGGUCCUAUUGAAAAACUCGUAUGCGCGGAAACAACACAAAAAUUAAAACAGUAUCAGCAAAAAGUUAGCGAAGGAGUCGAAUGUGAUUUUGAAGUUAGUACCAAAUUUGUUUCCUUAAAAGCUCCAGUGGCAAGAGGGCGUAACAGAAACACUAAUGUAAUAUCACCCACCUCAAAAAAUAAAACUGAAAACCGAGGAAAAUCUGGCAGCAACUGGGAAAAGAAAACUGCAAAUAAUUUUAUUUGUAGCUAUUGCGGUAAUGUUUAUAAUGAAAAGUCUAAAUUAACUUUACAUUUAAGGAUACAUACCAAAGAGAAACCACAUGAAUGCGAAAUUUGCCAUAAACGAUUUUCACAAACUCCACAAUUGGCUCGUCACAUGAAUUCACAUACAGGUAAUCGGCCUUUUAAAUGCAAGUUUUGUGAAGCUAGUUUUGCCGAUCCAUCUACUUGUAUUAAGCAUCAACGGAUUCAUACGCAGGAGAGGCCUUAUAUUUGCGAGACGUGCGGUAAAGCAUUUUCAUAUUCGAACGUACUUAAAGUUCAUGUCAUGUCCCAUACAGGAGAGAAACCAUACAAUUGUAAAUAUUGCGGAAAAAAAUUUACUCAAUCACACCACAGGAGGACCCACGAGCGCACUCACACAUAAUGGACGAAAAAGGAUAAAUACAUGUAGAUAUUUAUAUGUGUCAAGAGAGUGUUGAUAAAAAUUUAUUUACUAAUAAUCUUAUAUUUCUCUAUGCAAACGUUUACUCCUUUUACUUAACUUGUUCACAUUAGACAAAUUUUGUUAUUGAAUAUAUAGUAUAGACUUAACUUAUUGAAAAGAAAUAUACUUUUAAAAGUUAA